CGUAAUUUGUUGUGAUUAUUAUCGUUUUGCGUGCAAAUAUCGCUUAGUACGUGUGCGUCGCAAUGUAUCGGCGUUCGGAUUGUUGCGUAAUUUAGCGUCGCGCGAUAUCUGACAACGUUGAUCGGCGAUUUUCACGGUGAAAUUGUUUCGCGACCGUUCGCGCGUUCGUGAGACUCGCGCGCGUGCGCAAGAAACAAAAUGGUCGCACGUACGCGCGUAGUUGCACGAUCAUACGUGUUUGUGAAAUAAAAACGUAGCAAAAAACGAUGUCAAAAAACUAUACAAUGCGUGUUACAGUGUAAUUGUGAAAAAAACAACGACAGCUAAGCGGCAUCGGAACUUUUUACAACCGUGCAACAUUGCUACGAAGCAGCACGUGGUGUGAUCAAGUGCGAUUUUUUUAAGAUGUUUGCAGCAUCGCGCGGAAUUCGGGCAAUCGGAUACUGGCACAAAGAAAUCACGACGGCGUGACGUCGUGACGUCACCGAGGUCAUCGUGCGAUCUUGCACCACAAACCACGUUCCGCAAUGCACAUUCGCAGUCGUCGAGCUUGUGAUCCUUCGUAACAAAGUCCGGAAAUGAAAUCGAAGCAUUACAUGUAAAACACACACACAGUAGAUUUGUUGGAAGUGCAAGAAGUGAAAAUUUAUCUUGGGUCGAUACAAGAGGAAAAGAUCGAGAAAAAAGGAUCAGCUCCCUAGAGCGACCGACUGAAUAUCCAAAAAGAUCUCUCUCCGUCCAAGGACCCGGCGCAGCGACACUGCGAAACGACACUGCGCGGGCCCCCCAAAAAAGCACAAGUGAUAUUUCUAAUAGUUUCGUUUAGCGCUUAGAAAAGCCAAACCCGUCUCACACUUUGUUCGUACAAAUGUCGGUACUCUGUAACAUUCAGUGCUAAGUCCAAGUGGCGCAAAGUGUGUUCAACGCAUCUCAUCGCGAAUCCGCGUAAUCACGCGAAGCGUGAAACAGGACAAUACAAAACAAUACUUUGUGUACGAGUGCGAUCAAACAUCGGGUGUGUGUAUUGCGCGCGGGUGUAAACGAGGCGCAACAUGAGAGUGGCCAGGCAACAUCCGUAUCUACCCGUACCGAGUCGAACUACUACCACAACUACCGCCAAUAAUGGCAAGCUCGUGGUCCUUUUCAACGGCAAUCAGGACGUCGUUCAUCAGCAAUUGCCGCCGCAGUCACCACCACAGUCGCCGCCGCAGGUGCUGCAGCAACCACAACAGCAGCAUCAACCAACCGGCGACGAAAACAGCGCAGUGGUGCCGCCAAGCUGUGUCUUUCCAAGCUGCGAAUCGGCGCCCACCGACCUUCAGGGAGGACCGACUAUACUGAUGGAUCGAUUCCUGCUUCUUGGUCCAGCCGAGGGUAGCGCUCUAUAUCGUUGCGUUGACGUACACAGUGGUCAGAAACUUGUCGCCAAGGCGCUGACAAAGGGUGACAAGGGUUGCGAGGCGUUGUUGCGGGCUCACCUUCGUCUAGAAGGCACAGGCGCGGCGAGCAACGCGGUAGGCGUAGUCGAAGCACCUGGUGGUCGGCGCUAUCUCCUUCUGGAGGGUCACCAUGGCGACCUGCACGCCUACGUAAGGGCGCGCAGGAGGCUGCGUGAACCCGAAGCGAGGCGGUUGUUUAGACAAGCGGCCAAGGCUGUGGCGACUUGUCACGAUUACGGGGUCGUGCUUAGAGAUCUCAAGCUCCGGAAGUUUGUCUUCGCCGAUGAAGCGAGAACGCGACUUCGCUUAGAGAGUCUCGAGGAUGCGGUGAUCGUGGAGAACGAUGACGACGAACUGACCGAUCGGCGAGGCUGUCCCGCGUAUGUCGCGCCGGAAGUGCUCCGCGCCGGACGCGCCUAUUCCGGCAAGGCGGCGGACAUCUGGUCGCUGGGCGUGCUGCUUUACACGAUGCUGGUCGGCCGUUAUCCGUUCAACGACGCUCAGCACGCGUCCCUCUUCGCAAAAAUCUCGCGCGGCCAGUUUGCCGUGCCGGAGGGUUUGAGUCCGCGCGCCAAGUGCCUGAUCCGCUCGCUUCUGCGAAAGGAGCCGUCCGAGCGACCGUACGCCGAGGACGUGCAGCUGCAUCCGUGGUUAUCGAAACCGCUGCGGCUAUGCACAACGUUUGGCAGCAGGUCCUCGUGUCAGGACCAACUCGUACCAGAGCUACCUACCAAUCCUCAACAAGACUGACUCUCCUCUGAGAAAAAAAUCAUUAUUCCGCGCGCAAUAGCGUUACUCUCGCAUCCUAGUGCUUCUCUCGUGCCGACUGCCGGAUCGAGUUCUGCCGAGAGGAGAGAAUUAGCGCAAUCAAAAGAAGAAGGACAAAAAAGUGGCAAAAAAAAUAUCUUUUAACAUAUUGGCCGUAUUUGUAAAUACAAGUACAACAAAUUCGGAGAAGUAGAAAAAAUGUCACGGAUAUGUUACUUAAAUUUUAAUAUCUUCUCUCUUCUUAAGGAAAAAAAAGAAAGAAAGAAUACAUAUAUUUAAAAAUUAAU